GCGUCAGUGCCCUCUGGUGGACAAACGUGAUCGGCGAUGGCAACAUAUUCGCAAUAAGCCGAUACCAGCAGAUACGGGCUGAUGUAUCGGUGCAGCUCUAAUGUUUUCAGGGCUGCCUGAAUAACUAUUAGUGAAACUCAGUGCAUCGGUUUAUUUUGUUCAGAGGAUACAGGUGGAUCAAAGAAGAAACCCCGACAUAAAAACAAAUAACUUCUUGAACAUUCUUUCUCCAGGUUUGUGAAAUUAUAGAAAGGUGUGGUGGCUUUACGGAGGCCGAAGCCCGCUCACAACAAACAGAGCGAGAGGUGAAACUCUGGGAUUCCUGAACGUCAAUACUGAUGUGUGUUCAGCGGUGGUUUGGCCUUUCCCAGAGUUCAUCGACCCCGAGGCGGACCUCAGAGGACCAGAUCAGGUUCACACUGAGUACUCUUCCACAUCACAGAAACCACCCUGACAAGCGGCAGCAGAGGAGAACGAACAGCAGAGACUGAAGACCAACCAAAACUUCACAUCCACCUCCUAAUCUGAGCUGACGGCGUUCCACGUGUGCGUGUGGAGACAUAAAGCAGCAUGGCGGUGGGCCUGCAGGUUGUGGGUCUGGUCCUGGGGGUGGUGUCGUGGUGUCUGCAGUCCAGCUGUACGUCCUCUCAGGUGUGGAAGGUGAGGAGUCAGGCGGAGUCGCUCAGCAGCAGCCAGUGGCAGUUCGAAGGUCUGUGGAUGAGCUGCGCUGCCACCUCGCUGGGGUCGGUCCAGUGCAGCAGGUUCAAGACGGUGCUGGGUCUGCCGGCUCACCUGCAGACCUGCAGGGCCCUGAUGAUCCUGUCCCUGCUGGUCGGUCUGGCCUCCAUCAUCGUCUCCGUGCUGGGACUCAAGUGCACCAAGAUCGGCAGAACCUCGGAGCACGUCAAAGAGCAGAUCGCCCUGAGCGGGGGAAUCACGUUCAUCCUGUCUGGUGUCUUCAGCCUGACGGCGGUGUCCUGGUACGCUGCCAGAGUCAUCCAGGACUUCUACGACCCGCUCUACGGCGGCGUCAGGUUCGAGCUGGGUACCGGUCUGUAUCUGGGCUGGGCGGCCUCCUUUCUGGCCAUACUGGGAGGAUCUAUGCUCUGCUGCUCCUGCAGGAAGACCUCCCCCGUCCCCCCUGCACGGCAGUUCUCGUACAACUACUCCACGACCAGCCGAGGACAGAGCAUCUACAGAGCAGCUCCGCCCUCCGACGACAGCAGCUCCAAAGCUUACGUCUGAACCUGCCCAACGCCGCAGCCUCCCGUCUGGUCCACCGUCACAGCGCGGACGCGGGCGGCUGGACACCGAAACACCACAGUCCGACUCGGGAUCACGUCGGAGUCUC